AUGAGCCAUUUUUCACCAGCUGUUAUGCGGCAUAUGCGCCCUCGGCCUCGCAUCGUCAAAAUGACGGGGCGCCAAAUGACGUUUUAUACCUCAUCAAAACAGAUCCCCACCUUUGAGGCUAGCCGGUGCCAGGCCCUGCCCCAAGCAGGCAGGACACCCCGCACCAACACGCCGUGGGUUUAUUUUCCUGUUCCUCGUAUCUUCUCGACUCUCGCCGAAGGCUCCGCACCAUCGGCCAUCAUCUCAGAGCACGUUCAUUACUGCUUAAUUUCUAUGUGGAAGUGGAUCCCUUUCGGUUGGUAUGUGUUUUGCUUUUGA